AUGUCUGCCAUUCACUACGAGCCAAGCGAAGAAACGCAUUCGGCUGAGAUGAUGUACACACCACUCGACGAAGACUUGAAUCAGAUCAGAAUCCUUCAAUUGAAUGCAGCAUCCGACGAUACGCACUUCAUUGAAUGUCAUAUUAGCAUUGCCUCACUCGACGAGCCUGCCCUCGAGUACGAGGCACUGUCAUACGUCUGGGGUGACCGCAACAACGAUCAAAUGAUUGUGCUUGAAGGACGACUACGGAGAGUGACCGCAAAUCUAUUUCGAGCCCUACAGUACCUCCGACAUGCCGACAGACCCCGUACAAUAUGGGUUGACGCAAUUUGCAUUGACCAGGAGGACACCGACGAGCGCGGCCAACAGGUGUCUCUCAUGGGUCCUAUCUUUCGUAAGGCAGAGACGGUAGUAAUCUGGUUGGGUGAGGCCUGGCCUGGCGUGGAUGACGCAUUCAAGUUCUUCACUAUAGUCGGACAGAACCCUGAGCUCCAUGUCAAUCGCGCAUUGACCCUUUCUCUUGCGGGGCAAGUAGUCAAAGUAGAGACUGAGCGAGUCAUCCAAGCUUUACAGCACUUCGCAAGUUUUGCGUGGUGGGGCCGGAUGUGGACCGUGCAAGAGAUGGUCCUUGCACAGCAUCCUGUAUUUCAGUGUGGAAGAAGCGUCCUGGACGGUGACCUGAUGCUCCAGGCUGUCCAAGGAAUGAAUGGACACGGUGGCUGCUGCAGUGUCGGCGGAUCCCAACCUACUGUCGAAGCAUUUGCUGAUAUGUUACACAGCUUCAGAGCUCCUCUAACCAUCCUUCUGCUCCGUUCGCAUGUGCGGAGCAAAGGCGACCCAUCUUCAAACAAUAUACUACCUAUCGUUAGUCUUUUGCGUGGCCACGAAUCGAAGGAUCCGCGAGACAAAAUCUACGGCAUGCUCGCGCUAGCAGCUGCCGAAGCGUCGCGAUUGUCCCUCGUUCCUGAUUACCACCAGGGUACUGAAGAUUUGUACACAAAGCUGGCGUUGUCGUUUAUCUUGAAUACCAGAGAGCUCAAGGUCUUUAUGUGCAUUUUACCUCGACCUCGCGUGCUGCAUCUACCGUCCUGGGUACCUGAUUGGACUAUUCCAAUCGAUCUGGAUCUCUUGACAUGGCACACGCGAAUGCGCUUCAGCGUUGCCCAGUUCGAUCACUCCGUGUCAUUGACAUCCAACGGCCGGAGGUUUAUGUUGAGUGAAGGGAAUCGCAUGGGCUGGGUACCCGAGAACACUACAGUCGGGGAUGUCAUCGCUGUGUUGACGGGCUCAGACGAUCCGGUCGUAUUACGACCGGGAAAAGAUGGUUACGUAGUCAUUGGUACUGCCUACGUACAUGGAAUCAUGGAUGGUGAGGCUAUGCCGGACGAUGCUGAGCUGAGUUCCAUCACAUUGAUAUGA